CUCGUAUUGUGUGUGUAUCAUGUUGACAAAAUACAAUAAUUGUGGUCGGCUCUACACCCGAUCACACCAAACCUUAUGCGUCGCACCUAACAAUUACUCAGCGUGCCACGUCGGCAUUUUCACCUUCCCUAGUCUCACCUCCACGCCAAAAAUGACGAAAAACCAAAACCUCUUUCCCUCACAUUCUGCAAACCUCUUUAUCUCUCACAUUGUGUGUGUAUAUGCAUACUUAUAUAUGUAUGUUUAUCUGCCCUCAUUAUUUGCUUCACAUUUAUCCCCAUCUCUUCCUCUCUACCACCUCUUGUUAUCUUUAUCUCCAUUUUCACAUCAAUUUUCUUUAGAUAAUCCCGAUGUCUACCUCCACUCUCACCGGACUAUUGAACCAUGUCGCCGGAUUAUACCCUUCCCGGCGAGCCAUCUCCGUCUCCGGCAAGUUCGAUCUCACUCAUGCACGCCUCCGUCAGCUAGUCGAGGGCGCCGCCGUUCAACUGAUCUCCGCCGGCGUUAGGCCCGGCGACGUCGUCGCGCUCACUUUCCCAAACACCGUCGAGUUUGUCGUGAUGUUUUUGGCCGUGAUACGCGUCCGUGCCACGGCGGCGCCGCUGAACGCCGCCUACACUUUCGACGAGUUCGAGUUCUACCUAUCGGACUCAGAAUCGAAGCUCCUACUCACCUCGAAAGAAGGUAACGAGCCGGCUCAAGCCGCGGCGGCCAAGCUCAGCAUCCCCCACCUCUCGGCCAGCCUUCCCUCUGCCGACUCAGAAAUCAUCCUGUUCCCGGUUAACUCCGAGUCGGACCCGGGCUCGCUCUCCAAACUCACCAACGACCCGUCCGACGUGGCUCUCUUCCUCCACACCUCCGGGACCACGAGCCGGCCCAAAGGGGUGCCUCUAACCCAGCAGAAUCUCUACUCGUCCGUCCAAAACAUAAAAUCCGUGUACAAAAUAACCGAAUCAGACUCCACCGUGAUUGUCCUGCCGUUAUUCCACGUCCACGGAUUGUUAGCGGGCCUUCUCAGCUCUCUCGGGUCCGGAGCCUCAGUGGCGCUGCCAGCUGCAGGGCGGUUCUCCGCCUCAACCUUCUGGCCAGAUAUGAACAGGUACGGCGCCACAUGGUACACAGCUGUGCCGACAAUCCACCAGAUCAUACUCGACCGCCACCUCAGCAGACCCGAGCCAUCCUACCCUAAGCUCCGGUUCAUCCGAAGCUGCAGCGCAUCCUUGGCCCCUGCAAUAAUGGCCCGUCUGGAAGAGGCCUUUCAGGCCCCGGUUUUGGAGGCUUAUGCCAUGACUGAGGCCACUCAUCUGAUGGCAUCCAACCCAUUGCCUGAGCACGGCCCGCAUAAGCCCGGGUCAGUGGGCCGGCCCGUUGGUCAGGAGAUGGCAAUUUUGGAUGAGAAUGGGGUGGUGCAAGGGGCUGAUUCCAAUGGGGAGGUUUGCAUAAGGGGUCCGAAUGUGACCCGAGGCUACAAGAAUAACCCUGAGGCGAAUAAGUCGGCUUUUCAGUUCGGCUGGUUUCAUACAGGGGAUUUAGGGUACUUUGAUUCGGAUGGGUAUCUGCAUCUUGUGGGCAGGAUCAAGGAGUUGAUCAAUCGUGGAGGAGAAAAAAUUUCACCAAUUGAAGUAGAUGCUGUUUUAUUGUCCCAUCCUGAUAUUGCUCAAGCUGUUGCUUUUGGUGUCCCUGAUGAUAAAUAUGGAGAAGAGAUAAACUGUGCCGUUAUUCCUCGGGAUGGAUCAAACCUCGACGAGGCAGAGGUUUCGAGGUUCUGCAAGAAAAACCUUGCUGCUUUUAAGGUUCCAAAGAAGGUUUUCAUUACAGACUCCCUCCCGAAAACAGCCACAGGAAAAAUUCAGCGGCGUAUUGUGGCCGAGCAUUUUCUUGCACAGAUAUCUACAGCUAAGGUCCCUAAGUUCGGAGCCUAAGAAUCUAUACCUUCGAAUUUGCGUGAGGGAAAGGGGAAAACGGAUAAUUCAGUUGUACUGUAUCUAAUAGGUUUUUUAAUCUUUGAAUAAUAUUUAUGAGCUUCUUCCUAGAGAUGGAGAAGGCAGUGAAGACAGUUUAUGAGCAUUGGCAAAUUUAAUAGCUAUUUUGAGAUUAUUAUUUGCUGGUAUUGUUAAUUUCUUUAGUGCGGCUCGCAAAUUUGAUUUUUGCUUUACCAAUUUGAACUCAAUAUUGAGAAAACCUAGAUGCCAAUGUCCUAUUUCAGUUUCAAAAGCAACACUUAAUAGUACAAGAACCUUAUGUGUUUCAA